AGCUGGGCGCCCGGCAGCGCUUCGUGGGGCCCCUGGGGCGGGGUGAAGGACCGGGAGCGACUCCACUUGCCCCCCUUCCCCCCGGCGAAGGAUCAGGGAUCCCUGGAGCGACCCCACCUGCCCCCCCCCCGGCGAAGGAGGAUCCCCCCCUUCUCCUGCAGGUGAAGUUGUCUCCCCUCCUGCUCACUGCUGCAACCCCAUGGGUUAAGGACCAGCCCCCUCCCGAGUGACUCCAGUGCCCCACCUCUGUGAUGGGCCCCCUUGCCGUGACUCUGCCCCCCCCCAGCACGCCUUGACUGUAAUUUAUCGGGGGCGAGGGGGAAGCAGGACCACCCCUUCUCCCGACCGCAUCCCCUGCUGGCUCUGAGCUGGCGCGGAGCUCCUACCUGGGCCCCGUGGGUGGGGCACGCCCCCUCCCCCAACCCACCAGGCUCCAGAUCCCCCCCUCCCCACCAAAGGUCACAGCCCCCUCCCUGGCAUCUCUGCUCCAGCCUUUCCCAGCCGUAGCCCGGCGGCCCCCCAGCUCCAUGGCGGCCAAGUGGUUCAAGGAGUUCCCCUCCAGUCUGAAGACGGCUUCCGAGCGGGCCAGGCCGGGCAGCGGGAGCCUGGGCAAGCUAUGCAGUGCCUCCCGGAAGCCCCUGGGCCCCGCCGAGCCGGGCCCCGGCCCACUGCAGGGCAAAAACCGCAAGAACUCGGCGGCCGAGCUGGGGGGCUGCAGGGCAGCUCCAGGGCCCAGCAAGGACGGUGGUAGCAGGCUGUCCCGGGACAACCUGCAGGGGCUGAUCCAGGCUGCCACGGGCAAGAUGCGCAAGAACUCACGGGCGGAGGGGAGCCCCCAGGAGGGUGCCCCCAAGGGCCCUGGCUGCAGCACCUACAUGAAUCGGCUCAUCAAGGUGGACGCCCAUGAGAAGAAUGGGAAAAGCUACCCCGGCAGCAGCCCGUCGCCGGAGGAGGAGAAGGGCAGGAGUCCCAAGCAGGAGACGGUCAUCAUUCUAGAGGACUACGCCGACCCGUAUGACGCCAAGCGCACGAAGGGCCAGCGAGAGGCGGAGCGGCUGGGGGAGAACGAUGGGUACAUGGAGCCCUACGAUGCACAGCAGAUGAUAACCGAAAUCCGCAGGCGGGGCUCCAAGGACCCUCUGGUCAAAGCCAUCCUGCUGCUGGAUGGGCCCGGGGAGCCGGGGGAGGGCGGCACCCGGCCGGACGCAGCGCCCAAGCGGCAGGUCUCCAAGGACCAGCUGGGGAAGGCCCCGGCACAGCUCUAUGACACCCCCUAUGAGCCCGGGGAGGCACCAGCCAGCACCCCGCAGGACAGGAGGAUGCGGGCAGUGGACAGCCGGCUCCCGGAGAAUGACGAGCGCCCUGCCGCGGAGUACGAGCAGCCCUGGGAGUGGAAGAAGGAGCAGAUAGUAAAGGCUCUGUCAGGUAGGAGGUGGGGCUGUGGGGCACUGGCCAGCAGGGCACGGGAGGCUGAUCUGCAGCCACUUCCUAAGGCUAAUGAGAUUAUCAGCCUCCGAUGGCCUGGACACCCAGCCCUUAAAGCAUCCCGCACCCCCAGGGCCCAGCACUGCUUCCAGGGACACGUUGAGCCAGGACUCAGGGGCCCUGCAGGACAUGCUCACAAACCCAGCCUGUUCUCUGCUCCUCGCAGCUGGUACCAUGGAGCCAUCACCCGGGCCGAGGCCGAGAGCCGACUGCAGCCCUGCAAAGAGGCCGGUUACCUGGUGCGGACCAGCGAGACGGGGAGCGGCAAAUACUCCAUCGCGCUCAAGACCAGUCAGGGAUGCGUCCACAUCAUCGUGGCCCAGACCAAGGACAACAAGUACACGCUGAGCCAGACCAGCGGUGUCUUCGGCAGCGUCCCUGAGGUGGUGCAUCACUACUCCGCGGAGAAGCUGCCUUUCAAAGGGGCGGAGCACAUGACCCUGCUGCACCCCGUGCACAGCAAGCUGCAGUAGCAUGGCCACGCCCAGCCAGCUGCCUGGGGCUUCGCCACAGACUUUGGGGCAGCCAGGGGGCCGGGCGGGCUCAUGUGUGGAGUCAGGU